CACGCUUUCGGCCACUGUUAGCUUAGAUCGCAGCUUCAACUUCGGAAAGCAUGGACUUAGUCGUUUCUUAGUUUGUCAAAGAGAUAUUAAACGAAAGUGCAAUAGAAACUACUGAGUUGGUUGCAGUUUGUGUACAAGACAUGACUCUGUAGACAGAGUUUGGUUUUAGUGGGCUUUACCAGCUUGCAACCGCCAGCUAAGCUAGCUAAGUUGCUAGCUACACUACAGUCCAAAAUGACUGACUGCUGCGCUGCAGCCAACUGUGAUUACCAGGAGCGGGAGUCCGAAAACACCACUCCACUCUUCAGCUUUCCUUUGGAUCCGGAGAGGUGCCAACAAUGGUUAAACAACUGCCAUCGCCAGGAUUUGGCAUCUCAGCCUCCAGAGCAGUUGCACAAGGUGUACAAAGUUUGUGCAAAACACUUUGAGCCCUCUAUGAUUGCCCAGCAGACUGCAUCAAGCUGUGUGUUAAAGGAAGAUGCCGUUCCUACGAUAUUUGAUUUUACUGCUCCUGUGAAUCAACCGGAAUCAUGCAACAGGAAGAGAGCUAGAGACCCAUCGGGAGAGGAAGCUGCUGUUGUAAAGAAAUCAAAAGAAAAUGCACCAGAAGUGAACGAAGAGACAGCAGAAAUUGCAAAAACACCAGAAGAAAACCAAACCCAAGGGGAUGUAACCACCUCAAGAGCAAAAGAGACGCUGAAAAUUUAUUUUAAGGAAAUCCUGGCUCUGACAGGAUUCAGCAUCAAUGGGGCAAACGUCGGCGCCGAUGAGCCAAUUGGAGGAGUGCGGGGUCAGCGGGCUCAUAAUCGCAUCUGUGUGGAGAAAAUAGACAAGAAGGAAAUCCUGCAGUUUGGUGAACACUUCAUGCAAGAAGAGAUCCAAAACAGUCUCAGACUGUCAAGAUUUUUCUCCAUUCUGCUUCAGGAUGUGACAAACAUAGAGGGAAAGGAGCAGAUUCCAGUUUUCAUUCGGUCGGUAACGAUUGCAGGUUUCCCACAGAAGCACCUGAUUGGCUUCUUACCAUGUGACUUGGAUACAGAGAAUCUGUUCUACAUGCUUCUUUCUGACCUUAGAAAUAAGUGGUGCUUGAGGAUGGAGCACUGUAGAGGACUCAGUUAUCUCAUCACAGGAAGCAUGUGUCAGAAAAUGCGGGAUCUUACCUGCAGGAUCCUGCAAGAGUUCCCACAAGUAGUGCUGUCACCAAGUGAUCCAUAUGCAUUCAACAUAUGGAUCAUUCGCUGCAUGCCUGUUCCCUCCAUCCAGAAGGUUGCAGAUACUGUAGAGGAGGUGGCCAUAUUACUUCGGAGAAUACCAGAGCUGAGCAAACGAUUGGAAGGAAAGAUCCAGAUGACAUAUGGGCAUUUAAAGGGAGAAGUUCAUAGGAUCAAAGAAGCCCUCAGUGGGAUUUGGGAAUAUGGCACUGAUGCCUUCCAGACCAUGCUAGAAAUUCUUGAGCCAUUUCUUACCUGCAUCAAUGAGAUCAUUUCGAAGGUGGAUGAAGAAACUGCUGAACAGUUGGCCAAGCUCAAACCAGUUUUAAAGAACUUUAACUUCAUCAUCACACUUGUUGUUCUGAAGAACACACUCUGCUGUGUGAGCAUACUUAACUCCAGUCUCAGGGGAAUAAUAAGCAUCAGCAGUACCUUGCAGUACACCAUUUCUAAUGCCUUAAAGCUGGUAAACAAAUACCAACAAGAGCUUGCAAUAUUUCACCGGAAAUGGUUUUCAGAUGCUGUCGGCCGAGCGAAGAAACUGGGUGUGGAGAUCACCAAACCAGAGAUAGCCCAAGGAGACGCAAACGAGACGCCACUGGAGGACUUUUACAGAGAGACACUGAGUCGGCCUAUCUUGCAGUAUCUUGUUGCAGAAGUGAAGAGAGUGUUCAGUACAGAGAUGGUGAGGAUUCUCCGGUGGCUCUCGUUAGUGCCGUCUUACAUGGCAGACCACAAUUUCAGCAUUCGCAGAGAUAAAGUUGCUGAUGCCAACUUAAACAACCUUGCACGCCCUGACACAUUCUACGAAGAGCUUGGAUGUUGGGAAGUUAAGUGGAGGCAUGCGAGCAAGCGUAGAAUCCUACCAACCACUGUGUUUGCUACCCUCAAAAUUCCAGAUAUUGGCUUUUACCCAAAUGUGCAGAGCUUGCUGAGAGUGUUGGGAACUGUUCCAUGCGUAAAUGCCGAGGCAGAUGUGUACGGACAAUACCACAUGGUACUGGAGCGAUGUCAUUUCUACCUGAAAGCCACUCCUCAGGACCAAAGACAGUGCAACAUGGCAUUUGUGUACGUGAACCAGGAUGUCCACUUUAGUGUUGAAAAAAUGGUGGAGUCGUACAUCGAGAAGCAUCCAGACAUCCUGCAGUUGCUGCAGAUGGAUGAUGCCAUAACAGAGAACCCUUCACAAGUCCAUGGAAACCAUGCUGAAAAGGAUACUGAAGAAGAACUGAAGCGGAUAAAUCUGGAGAUGGACGCUGAGAGGCUGGUGGAGAUGAAGUGUGCAGAGACUGACAGAGAAGCUCUUAAAUCUGCUUUGCAGGCUGCAGUGGUGGCUGCUUACAGCAGUCAGAGCAAGCUGCACAGUGAGGAUGGAGAAGUUGAGUAUGUGACCAAGUCUGAAAUGAAGGAAGUUCUCACUGUGUGCGAGAAUGCGGUCAGGGAGGGGAUCCUCACAGAGGUGGGAAGUUCAUUUUUUUCCCUCAUCAUUGACCGUGUUGUAAAACUCGGAGACAAAGACUACCUACCCAUCUUCGUCAGGUUUGUUGACAGUUUUGAUGUCAUGCGCUUAGAACUGAUAGGAUUCCUUGAGGCAGAUCUGGAAUGUGAUGUCAUGGUACAAAGUCUUCUGCAAAAAGUAACAGUGGAGUGGCGUCUUGAUUUAGCUAACUGCAGAGGUCAAGCUUACCUUGGCUCUGGUGAUGUUUCCUACAAGCUUAAAGCCUUUGCCUGCAAAGUCCAGGAGAAGUAUCCUCUUGCCAUAAGCACACAUUGCUCUGCCUAUUCUUUCAAUACAUGGUGGUCAAAAUCAAUCCCAGUGCCUGCAGUUAAAAGAGCCCUGGAUACAUUUGAAGAAAUCAUGGCAUUUUUUGGCAGCACUGUUGCUCUAGAAAAACAGCUCGGCCAUGUGAUAGCAUAUGGCCUUAGAGAGAGUUACGAGAAGGUCCAAGAGUUGCAAGGGACGUUCUGCACUGUUUGGCAGGAGAAGCAUGAUUCUUAUGAGGUAUUUGUGCAGAUGCUCGAGCCCCUUGUUGAAUGUCUGGAGAAGAUCAAGAACAACCCACAGAGAUGGAAACCGUCUGUUUCUGAACAGGCUGCAGUUCAUCUGAACAAACUCAUGGAGUUUGAUUUCAUCAUUACUAUGGUGGUCUUGAAGAAUGCAUCCUCCUUUACCAGAGAGCUCAGUGCAGGUAUCCAGAAGGACCAGUUCAGUGCUGCAUCCCAGCUUUGCCAAAUCAGUGGUAUUGUGGCCACUCUGAACAGAGUCAAAACCAAUAUGAAGUUGUUUCACCAGAACUGGUUUGAUGAGGCUUGUGCAAUAGCACAUAGCCUUAGAGUACAGAUUGAAGUGCCUGACGACUCCCUUCCAAAAGACGGCUUGAUAAAGCCAGCCACUUAUUACAAAGACUGCUUGAGUGUCCCUCUUGUAGACAACCUCAUCAAUGCUGUAAAGGAUCACUUUUCAGACGACCACAAAGAAGCUCUCAACUUCCUCUCCCUGGUUCCAUGCUCAGUGACCGUGAGCUACAUGUUUGAGAGCCUGAAGUCAAAGCCCCCUCUCUAUAGCAGCGAUCUCCCUGACGCUGACAACUUCUUUACAGAGCUCUGUUGUUGGAGAGUAACAUGGAAGACUAAGGUGGCAUCCGUGACCAUCCCAAGCUCCAUAUUUCACACGUUACGCCUGCCGCUCAUGCAGUACUUUGGGAACAUCAAUACCCUGCUAAGGAUCAUGUCUGUGCUUCCCAGCACAACACUGGAGGACUGUGGAGUUGUAAUGCGCCACAAUAAAUUCCAGGACUACUUGAGAAACACGGAUCCCAAGGACAGGUCUGUGUGUUUGGCUAUGCUCCAUGUCAGCACGAACUUCAGCAGGGAUCUGGACCGCAUGGUCAGCCAGUGUUUGAAGGUUACUCCUCAAGCCUUGGAGGGCAUCUGUUUGGACAAGGAAUCCAAGAGUCUGAUUAGGAACUCUGAAAAUAAUAUGGAUGUUGAAGAUAUCAAUGACAAACCUAAAGAGCUCAGUGUUCAUCAGUCUCCUGAGAAGCUCCAGAACCAAGAAAUGACAGCAGCUGAUGAAAAUGGCCUCACCGGAGAUAACCGUCAGAGCCUGGCCACAGUUUUUAGGCUGGCUGCGCUCCUGGGGAAAAAGAAAAGCAGUCUCUGUGACCUCUCUGAAGAAGACCGAGAGCCACUUGUUCAAGAGCUAAAGAUGUGCCACUGGUUUGGGAGUGAAAGUAAAGGCAUACCAUGGAUUAGUGAUGAUGAAAUGGUGAACCUACUCAUAAAUGGAAUCAGAGAUGUCAUACUUAAAGAAAUACAGGAAUCUCCAUUUUUCUCCCUGAUCUCAGAUAAACCUGUUAAAGUUGCUGACAAGACCUACCUACCUGUUUUUGUUCGUUACGUUGGGGAAUCUACUCCAGAAGUCGAACUCAUGGGGUUCUUACCAUUUGAUGAAAGCAGCAAUUUUGACAGACAAUCAAGUAACCUUGCAAAGAUUCUUACUGAAGACUGGGGCUUGCCCAUGUCACAGUGCCGAGGCCAAGCAUUCAUGCAUUUGGGCCCAGGUUUUCAAAGUCUGAAGAAAAUGUCUUUAGAGUUCCUCAACAGUUUCCCGCUUUGUGUCGUAACACCCAGUGAGUCUUGUGGUCUUGCUCAUUGGUUUGCCAGUAGUGUACCUUGCCCUUCUGUGGCAAAAAUGCUGGACAUCACAGAAGAUCUGCUGCUGUUCUUUGACGAAUCUCCACAUCUGGAGGAACAGUUAGCACAAGCUGUUGACGGGCUUUUAAACAUGCCAAGAGAGGCUUUAGAGGAAAUUCCAGAAACAUGCUGUUCAAAGUGGAAAAAACGAGAAGACUUUUUUGACAUCCUUGCUGAUACAUUAGAGGGCGUACUUAGCUGCUUAGAUGCUGUUAGCUCCAGCGCCACAGGUGCUAAGUCGAUGCAUGCACAGGUUCUCUCUGCUGCUCUGAGGAACAUUGAUUUCAUUGUCACUCUUGUAAUUUUGAAGAAUGCCUGUGCCCCUCUUCGUAACUGCAGCACUGUUUUCCGCUGUGGAAACCCUGCUGACAUCCUUUGUGAGGUGGAAAAAAUCCCUUUGAUCGUAGAUACUCUUGAGAAAAUGUUAGAAAAUGUGAGCACAAUCCACUCCACUUGGUUUGAACAGGCAUUCCAGUUGGCAACCAAGGUGGCUCCUGAACAGGUGUGCUUCUCAGAGGAAGUCAACAGCUAUGAUUCUCCUGAAAUUUACUACAGAGAUAAUCUGAGUAUUCCACUCCUCCAUAGUUUGAUUGAGGAAGUUAAAUACUGCUUCUCAGACAGCCAUUUAAAAGCUCUGUCUGUCCUGUCACUGCUGCCGUCUUGCAAUCCACAGCCCAUACUGUCAGAGUCCACAGACAAGUCUUUCAGCCUUUACCUUACAGAUCUUCCUGAACCGGACGCAGCCGAGCAGGAAAUUAACGCUUGGGCGGCUGUCUGGAGAGAGAAAUACCAGGAUAUUGCUCUUCCAACAUCUAUUGCUGAAGCACUUGUUCAUCCAGAGUCCAAAAGCCACCCAACUGUUACCUUACUACUCAGACUGGUUGCUGUCCUGCCAAGUGUCAGUAUGGAGUGUGACCUGAUGAAGACCACUCUGAACUCAAUGAGGGAUCUGUUGAAGAACACUGCAUGCAGAGGCAGCAGAAUCAGGCAAGUGAUGCUCCUCUCGCACUCCACAACUCUGCAGAGACUGUCAGAAGUCAUUGAGAAGUGCAUGGAGGUUGAUCCAGAGAGCAUCCCAUGUUUGUCCCAGGUAAUGAAAGUUCUCCAAAGACUGAAGUUGGACAGAAGAGUCCACCAGAAACCAGCAGAAACAGCAGAAUUGCUGGAAUCCGGUGUGGCUGAGAAACCUGCAGAUGAUGAGGUGAAAGAGCCAGAUAUGACUCAAGAGGUAGCUGGAGGGCCUAGAACAGCGGUGUCUUUCUAUGAGCCGCAGCUACGCGAAGAAAUCCUAAAGGAACUGUGGGACUCUCAGUUUUUCACAAUUAUAACUGAGCAAACCGUUGAAAUUGAUGGUGAGCUCUAUAUUCCAUUGUGCAUCAGGUAUUUAAACAAAGAGGACAUCCAGUGUGAGGAAACGCUGGCUUUCAUCCCGUUCACUGAAGACUCCGUUGUCCUUUCUGACGCUAUUGAAACUGCCCUGUCCGAGAAGUGGGGACUCAACAUGGAGUAUUGCAGAGGACAGGCCUCGCUAAGUGUUGGUGAAGUAGGAGCUCAGAUGAGGGCUGUAAGUUUAGCCAUUGCAACAAAAUACCCUCAGGCUAUUAGAACAGUUAGCUCUGCUUUGUCCCUCAACGCUUGGCUGGCUAGAUCCUCUCCUGCCGAAGAAGCAGCCAAUGGAGCAGUCGUCAUAGAUAAAUUAUUACGCUGGCUCACAGAGGAUGUAGCACGCCAGAACAUGCUGGAAGACAUGAUCAUUUUGAAUUUCCAGCAGGAUGAGUCAAAGGCCAGUGAGUUAAGGGACAAACUCAUCAAGAACUGGGAGAAGAGUCAUGACAUGCAUGAGGUUAUGGUAGAGGUUUUGGAAGCAGCUGUCCUCUGCCUGAACGAGCUGAAAGAAGAGGGAAGUACUUCAGACCAGCAACAAGCAUCGUAUUUCUUUGAUGUGAUCAGAAACUUUGAGUUUAUCUUUACAACUGUGGUGUUAAAGAAUGUCCUGACCUUAACUAAAAAGCUAAGCCAGUCUCUUCAAGGUAAACCUUUAGACAUGUUGCUUGCUGUGAAUAGCUUGCCUGAUCUCAAAGUGUCCCUCAGUAAACUAAAGAGCGAGAUUGACGUCCAUCACAAGUCCUGGUUUGAGGAAGCAGUCUUCCUGGCUUCUAAACUCAACGUCCAGAUGCUGCAUUCAGUUCUUCUUGAGCCACUGAGCGACUUUUAUAAAGAUUCUGUCAGCAUGAAGGUCGUGGAGCACUCGAUAGCAGAAAUCGAUGACCUCUUCACAGACAAGGUAUUGGAUACAUUAAGGUGUCUGGAGAUUGUGCCUUAUGCAAUGCUCAAAGUGGAAACCAGCAUUCUUAGUGGUCUUGUGUUUCGGCUGUAUAAGGAGGACUUGCCAGACCAGUCCUCUCUACACUCUGAGAUGAAGGCGUGGAAGGAGAAAUGGUUGGAUCCUUUGGCAGGUUACUUUCCAGCCACUGUGCUCGAUACGCUCAAGACAUCACAGAUCAGAAGUUUUAGUAAUAUUGAAACGCUCCUCAGACUUCAGGUCAUUUUGCCAUUUUCAAGGCGGGAGAGCAACUUCAAACAGGGGAAAAGGAGUCUGCAGGAGUUCAUUCAGCAGGAGAAGAGAUCCCUCUCUGAGCUACAUUCUCUGUAGGGGUUGCAGGUUUGAAGCUUUGAGCAAUGUGUUUGGGAGGAAGUGGAUGUUAGUACCACCUAACUGAAGGACUGUUUAGCCUUCCUGGAAAAUUGUCCCUGUACAUUAAUGAAUCUUCUGUUGGUUGCAAAGUCCUGUCCUGCAAAGCCCAGUCCUAUGCUCUUGUUAUUUCCUCUUUCAUUUUGGAGCUUAUAUAGUUGUACCUCCCAGUGGGACCAAUGUCAUAGAAAAACACAAAGCCCAGCGAUGGUUCUCGGUGCUUGUGCCUUGAUGAGAAACUGAUUUUUACCCCGUUUCAUGAUGAUUCAGAUGGUCAGCAUUGUCCCAUUGGUUUUAUUUGAGAAAAAAUGUAUUUUCCCCAUAAUCAGAAACAACCAUACUGGGUUAUUUCACUGUUAUUAACUCAUUCUUAGUUUUAAAAUGCACCAUUAUAUUUCCUUGGCACAACUAGAAACAGUCAUUUCAUGUCUUCUGAUGAUUUUCUGUGUUUGGCAUCUCCUUACGAGAAUGAAUUUGCUGUAAACGUAUCUUUGAGAAGAAUGUUUCCUUGGAAGGAAAACCUUCAUAUAUAUUUGUCAAAAAACUAAUAAAAUGAUCCAAAAAGA